AUGUGUGGUGAUGAUGAUGAUGAUGAUGAAGAUGAUGAUGAUGAUGAUGAUGAUGAUGAUGAUGAUGAUGAUGAUGAUGAUGAUGAUGAUGAUGAUGAUGAUGAUGAUGAUGAUGAUGAUGAUGAUGAUGAUGAUGAUGAUGAUGAUAAGCGAGGAAGAAGCGGACACUCCGGCCUACCUCCUUGUUGCCUAUCGUUCCCGGUUAUGAACGAAACUACGUCGCAAAACAGUGUCGCACAUGUUCCCUUCCGAACACUGUUCCCAUGA